UCCGCUCUACAAUGGACUUAAUAUUCAUAAGAAACUUAUUUUCCUAACUUAAUCGUAUUUUUCUUGUAUAUUUUUAAACUUGACGUUGCAGUGCGAAGCAGUGGUCAUUUUAAUUGUGCAGUUUAGUAAUAAUAAUAAUCAUUAUUUCGGCUAACAUAAACUGAGAUUGCUCAGCUGGUCUUGUAGCCACCUGAACUCUCAGUGUUAUUUUUCAUUCUUCAAGGCCUUUACCAUUUCUAUAUCUGGAUCCUUUCAACUUUUAAAGUGUUGGAUAUUCUGGACCGGAUUGGGUCACCACUUGUCACAGUGCCAUGGCUGACAGCAGCAUAGUUACUUUAGGGAUGGGCCGCAGCUUUGUGGACUCCUCUGUAUAUGAUUCCAGGAUGGCAGAGACCACUGAGGAACAAUUUUUCAUGGGUCUCCACACAGAGGAGACAGAGGAUGUAUUACCCAGAGUUGAGACCAGGGUGGUGGUGGUGGGGGAGGCCGGUAACUGCGCAGAACUUGAGAAAGCUUUACAGGCCAUCACAAUAAUGGAAGUCCCGGUGGUAAAGAUUAAGGAAGGCCAGCCGGGCAUGGAGACAUGCGAGAAAUUGAUAAAAUCUAUAGUCAAUAUGGAUAUAAACACCCCCUGUAUCAAGACUGACAAUGUCAGAGAUUUUGGCGAUGGAGAGAAUUGUGAGUUUGAGACUAUUUUUAUACUAAAAGACUUCCAGGCUCCGGAAUGCAGCUUCCUUUACAAAAACGACAGUCGUAUCCUUGGACCUUCAGCAGUCAUGUACUGCUCCAGCAAGGGAGAGCCUCUGCCAUUCUCCUCCAGGCCUCUGUACUCUAUGACCAUGCUGAACUUGUCUCUCUGCUUCACUGGUUUCCGUAAAAAGGAUGAAGUGGUGAACCUGGUCAAUUUAGUCCAUCACAUGGGCGGCACUAUCCGAAAAGACUUUGACAGCGCUAAAGUCACACACCUCAUUGCCCAUUCGACACACGGUGAAAAAUACAGGUUGGCAGUGUGCAUGGGCACACCCAUCCUCACCCCUGAGUGGAUACGGAAAGCAUGGGAGCACCGAGAUGACAUUAAUUUUCACGCAGGCAGUGAGGAGUUCCGCACAGAGUUUAAAGUCCCUCCAUUCCAGGACUGUGUGCUGAGCUUCCUGGGUUUCUCUGAGGAGGAAAAGACCAACAUGGAGGAGAGAACACAGAAACAUGGUGGUCGGUUCCAGGCAGUUGGUGAUGAAAGGUGCACACACUUGGUGGUUGAAGAGAAUUCCAUUAAGGAACUGCCCUUUACACCUUCCAAAAGAUUGUAUGUAGUGAAACAGGAGUGGUUUUGGGGCAGUAUACAGAUGGACGCCCGUGCUGGAGAAUCUAUGUAUUCUUAUGAAAAGUCGGAGAGCCCUGCGAUGAAGAAAGCCGUGUCUCUUCUGUCUCUCACGACGCCCAACAGCUGUCGGAAACGUCGGCGACUCAGAGAAACUUUGGCUCAACUCACUAAAGAAACAGAAAUUUCCCCCUUCCCCCCACGCAAGAGACCUUCAGCAGAACACUCCCUCUCCAUGGGUUCCCUGCUGGACAUCUCCAACACUCCAGAUACCUGCAAAUCCAGUGGAGAACGCAAGCACAGGAGGAGCAGCGGUAGGCAAAGGAGUAAAAGGGAGAGGAAGAGUAGUACAGAGAAAGAUUGGCAACUGCAGCGCACCAGCACUCCUGUAUGCAGCCAGGAAUACCAUACAGAAAAUGCCAAACCCCCCAAAAGCUCGACUCCCGCCCUGCCUAAGCAGUCAGCACGAUGGCAGGUCUCCAAGGAGUUCUACCAAACCGAGAGCAACUACGUUGAUAUCCUGGCCACAGUCCUGCAGCUCUUCAAAUACCCGCUGGACAGAGAGGGCCAGGUGGGUGGCCCGAUCCUGGCUCCGGAAGAGAUCAAGACCAUCUUUGGCAGCAUUCCAGACAUCUAUGAAGUGCAUACUAGAAUAAAGGCGGAUCUUGAGCAGUUGGUGAUGAACUGGUCUGAAGAGAGGAGUGUUGGAGACAUUAUUUUGAAAUAUUCUAAAGAGCUGGUGAAGGCAUACCCACCCUUUGUCAACUUCUUUGAGAUGAGUAAAGAGACCAUAGUAAGAUGUGAGCGGCAGAAGCCGAGAUUCCACGCAUUCCUGAAGAUUAAUCAGGCUAAACCGGAGUGUGGCCGACAGACCCUCGUGGAGCUUUUGAUUCGUCCUGUGCAGAGACUGCCGAGUGUCGCUCUCCUACUGAAUGAUAUAAAGAAACAUACAUUGGAUGACAACCCAGACAAAGUGACUCUAGAAAAGGCCAUCGAGUCUCUCAAGGAAGUGAUGACGCACAUAAAUGAGGAUAAGAGGAAAACAGAGGGACAGAAGCAGAUCUUUGAUGUUGUUUAUGAAGUGGAUGGCUGCCCUGCCAAUUUGUUGUCAUCUCAUCGGAGUCUGGUCCACAGGGUGGAAACUAUUGCUCUUGGAGACAAACCCUGUGACAGGGGGGAACAUGUCACACUCUUCCUCUUCAACGACUGUUUAGAGAUUGCCAGGAAAAGACACAAGGUGAUAACCACAUUCCGGAGUCCAUUGGGUCAGACACGGCCGCCGGCCCAGCUCAAACACAUUACUCUGAUGCCUCUGUCCCAGAUCAGGAGAGUUUUAGACAUUCAGGACACAGAGGAGUGUCAGAAUGCCUUCGCCCUGGUUGUACGUCCUCCUACAGAACAGGAGAACCUGCUAUUCAGCUUUCAGCUGACUGCCGAAGACACCCUCAAAUCUGCUUGGCUCAAGACCCUCUGUCGUCAAGUUGCCAACACGAUCUGCAGAGCUGAUGCGGAAGAUCUUAUUCAGAGCACCGGUCCUGACUCCGUCCAAGUAAGCACAAAGGACAUGGACAGCACACUCAGCCGAGCUUCAAGGGCCAUCAGAAAAACUUCAAAGAAGGUCACCAGAGCAUUCUCCUUCACGAAGACCCCUAAGCGUGUGCUUCAGAGGGCAUUUUUGGCCAAUGGUACCCCAGAUGAGAAGAGUCCUGGCCUAGACCUUGAUCACAUGGGGCGAAUGACAAGCAGUUCCACACUUGCUAUGUCUCGUUCUGCCUCUACAUUCAGUUUGACUGGCUCUAUUAAAAGUGCUGUGGUCCAGCGUUCGAACUCACUAGAUCACUCCCCGCGGACCAGGGUCCCAUUGUGUGUCCGCACAGCAUGUAGUCCAGAGAAGGGUAGUGAACCAGCACCUCCCGAGACCCAGCCCAGACUAUCCGUUCUCUCCCUCCCAGCACCCCAAGCCGUAACUAAGCCCAGUCCGCAGCGCAGAGAGCUGCUGGCACCCCCAGAGCCGCAGCGCAGGGUCCCUGGUUUCCCACGGAAAGAGACCCUCCUUUAG